AUGUCGAAUGGCAGGUCUCCUGGACGAAGAAGUCCUUCAAACUCGCCUGAAGGUUCUUCCCCACGCCAUCCCUCUGAGGAUGAACUAGAGACAGGACUAGGUGGUGUCUCUCAACUUGAGCACACGGAAGGUUUACUGGCGGCAUUGUCUUCAGCGGCAAUAAGUUCAGGGCCUCAACCAGCUGCCGUUCAGAGUGAAAAUGCUCCCCCUCAGUUACCCAUCGGGACCAAUCACAACCUGGGAGGUUGGCUAUACGUGGGCGACUAUGUCCAGGUGGACGGGCUAACGGUGCGUCCCGCGACGUUCAUCGUUACAACUAUAAGGGAUUCACCAUCUCCUCCAAGCGACCUCGGUUAUCUUCCGUCAAAGACCUCGUUUCUGAAUAUUGCGCCACAUACACUCUUUCCUCUGCCAUACGAAAAUUUUAAACCCCGUUCUUAUGCUCUUCUGGACCAAUCUAUGCCUCCUGACUACUGGGAAUUAAUGGGGCCUCCUAAAUCACUCCCUGUUCCGUGUCUAGAAAACAAUGCGGACAUACAAGACACACUCGUUACUGAGGCUAAUGUAACGAUAAAACGAGAAGACCAUAAUGUGCUAACCCAUAGGUCAUGGAAACACUUCUUCAUUGGUAACGAAGUUGGGAGCAUCUACUUCGAUAUCGACCUGUUUAAAAUCAAUGUUCAGCCUAUUUUGGGGGACAUGAACCAGCAAGAUUGCGACACACUGAUGGACCAUUUGACACUCUUACGACACCUCUGGAAAGACAACAAAACUACUUGGAUCUCCGAAGAUGGUGGUGAAGAAGCACAUCAUAUUAGUCGGGGCACUACACUUGUCCUCAUCGCAAUUGCACGACGCCAAGAAAGUGUGGCGGCAAAACUUAUUGGGACUCGACCAUACCCUACUGUUCAUCAAUUAAGAAAGUAUAAGAAAAUAUUCAACUUCAACCUGGUGGUGAAAAGCUUGAUCUAUUUAUUACCUAGGCUGAGGUCGAAGAAAGCCUCAGAGGAAGAUCGCACUUUCAGCAUCUGCGCCGGAAUGGAUCUCUGUCUUACAUUAUUCGAGAUUGGCCAAGAUAUCGAUAUUCAAAAAGCGGCGGAUCGCUUAAUAACUGCAAAUGCUAAUUUUCAGCUGCCUUCAUCAGACUUUCAAGUUCGAUGGCGAAGUGUUAAUUCGGCAACGCUUAUGGGCAUUUUCUUUGCCGCGGCUACUUACUUCGCUACGAAAACACAGGCAAGAAGAGACAAAAAAGUCAAAAUGGCAACCAACGUUCUUCGUGAUUUCUUAGCGGUGGCUCUAACUAUCCCUGUUGUAACAGGUGUUGCUGCUCCGGUAGCGCUUCUUGCACCAAUAUUUAACGUCUUUGCCAAGCCGGCAUUAUCUGCGCUUUUUGAAAAGUCUUUUGAGAAUGAGUACUGGGAAGCAAAAUACAAGGCAGCAAUCUUAAACUUCGAACAUGAAUUACGUGGUCAGAUGGAGGUUCCAGUUGAACUUGUGAAUGAAUUUACGGUCGUUCUCAGAGACGUUCAAAACUUGGCCAUCAUCGGGCAGCCUCUGUACGCGGAGAGUUGCGCAAGGCAAGAGGGCAGAGUACAGCCAUCAAUUUUUACUAAACUCAAGGGUGCAUUGCAUAGGCAAAAUUUGUGA